AUGAUUCUAUUCACGUGUCCUUCUUCUCCAAGCUUCUUUAUCGAUCACCCUAUAUAUAGAUUUCAAAGUAACCUCCACUCACGCAUCCAAUUUCACGCAUCUUUUCUCGGUUUCUCGCCAACACCGUCGUUGCUCACUGUCUUCCCUCUCAUUGUCUCUGUUACAGUUACAGAAUUAGGGUUAUGUGUUCUAUUUUUGGGAUUUCUGAAUCUGAUAAUGAUGAUGAUGAUGAUGAUGAAAGAUGUUGGUGAUUUUAUCACCAAAUAUAUUUUAGUAUUUUCUAUAACCCUAUUUCGAUUCCCCAACAAAAGAAACGAUGGGUAUGAGUUUUUUGAGAAAGAGGUUGAAGAGACGUUUAGAAGGGGGGUUGAUGAAAAACUAAAAGAUGAGAAUAUUAUCUUUGAAGUGCAAUCACUUCGUUUGUCUCACAAGAUGGAUCUUGACAAGUGUGUUGGUGCUUUGUUUUAUUCUAUGAUGAAAUUGGCACUUGAUACUUGGAAUACUUCUUCUGGUGAAAAUGAUUUGUUGAAGAAAACGAAGGAUGUGAUUUCACAAUGGGGGAAAUUGUUGAAAUGGUUUUUGAGAGAUAUUGAUGUGGAAAUCGAAGUGAUAUUGAAAUUUGAGGAAAUGUGUUUGGAGUCUGCAAAGGCAUAUGCACCCUUGUUUAUGGAGGUUUUGCGUGUUUUGUAUGAUAAAGAUAUAAUUCAAGAGGAUGCGAUUAAAGAAUGGAAGGAGGAGAAAAAAGGUGCGGAUGAAUCGGAUAGAGUUUUUGUUGAGCAAUCACAAAAGUUUCUUAAGUUGCUGAAAGCGGCGAAUGAAGAAUGA